UGUACGAUUUGCACCGUACAGCCGGGUGUACGGUAUAGGCACUCUGGGUAUGGUAUAUGUAUUGGAUCCACAUGUGAGCAGCAAGACACCAACGAAAUUAGUUGAAGGGAGAAAGAGCGGUGCUCGCUGAUCGUCUAUGGAGACUGCCGUUUUUGGUCGAAUUCCCCUCUCUCCCAAUUAUAUCUCUCACAUUAAACCUGGAAAUAAGAAUCACUUCAAUAAACAAUGGGGAAGCCGGAAUGUAAUGGCAGUGCUGAUUGCUGGAAGUGGCAGAGGUGGCGGCGGGUUGUUAGAUAGGCCUGUAGUAGAGAAAACAACUCCUUCCCGUGAAUCUGAGAUUCAUUUGAGAAAAGAAAGGAAAAUGUCCCCAUCAUAUUCAGUGAUGUUGCAUAAUGACGAUUACAAUAGGAGGGAGUAUGUGGUGCAAGUGCUGAUGAAGGUCAUACCUGGGAUGAGCCUUGACAAAGCCGUUAACAUAAUGCAAGAGGCGCAUCACAAUGGCCUCUCAGUCGUCAUUACUUGUCCCCAAGUCGAUGCAGAGCAGCAUUGCAUGCAGCUGAGAGGCAAUGGCUUGCUGAGCUCCAUUGAACCCGCUGCCGGCGCUUGUUGACUUUUAGUACAAAUAAACUACUCCUACUAGCCUUUUGUCAGUCUAUAUGUACAUAGAUCCGUUAAGACUUGAUGAAAACCAUGUAUAUAUCACUUCCCGUGAAAGUGAAAACGAUCAAAAACGAUGCACAUUAUGAUUCACGGAGAUACAGAUUUAUAGUUGAAAUAAUGUACUGUUCUAAUUUGCACUUUUAUGGUUAAAAUAAUGCAUAGUUCAAAUGCACAUUUUCUAAUUUAUGGUAAUGCACACUUCUUU